AUGGCCUCCUCCUCCGCCAGCAUGUCCGACGCUGAGCUCGGCAGCAUCUACGAGUUUGCCGUGCAGCUGACCAAAGAUGCCGGGCAGCGGCUGGCCGACGGCGCCAAGGCGCGCAUGGCUGGCGGCGGCGUGCGUCUCGACACGCAGGAAAAGGACAGCUCGGUCGACCUGGUGACGCAGGCCGACGAGGACGUCGAGGCGUUUGUCCGGGCGGCCAUCGCCGCGCGGUAUCCGACGCACCAGUUUCUCGGCGAAGAGUCGUACUCCAAGGGCGCCUCGCGCGACUACCUGGUCGACAGCGUCGCGCCGACGUGGAUCGUCGACCCGCUCGACGGCACCGUCAACUACACGCACCUGUUUGCCAUGUACUGCGUGUCCAUUGGCUUCGUCGUCGGCGGCCGCCCCGUGAUGGGCGUCGUCUACGCGCCCAUGCUCAACCAGCUGUUCAGUGCGUGCCGCGGCAAGGGUGCCUGGCUCAACGAGACGACGCGGCUGCCGCUGCUGCACAACCCGGCCGUCCCGCCGCUGCCGGCCAACGCGCCCGCGGGCUGCAUUUUCAGCUGCGAGUGGGGCAAAGACCGGCGCGACACGGCGUCCGGCGGCAACCUGGGCCGCAAGGUCGAGAGCUUCGUGACCAUGGCCACCGAGCGCAGCGGACGGGGCGGGCUGGGCGGCAUGGUGCACGGCGUGCGCAGCCUGGGCAGCGCGGCCAUGGAUCUGGCGUACACGGCGGCCGGGUCCUUUGACAUUUGGUGGGAGGGCGGGUGCUGGGAGUGGGACGUGGCGGCCGGGUUCGCCAUCCUGGAAGAGGCCGGCGGGUUGGUGACGACGGCGAACCCGCCGGCGAGUGCCACGGGGGACUACGCGGACGUGGCCGUGGAGGAUGCCCACCUGGGCGGCCGCCUGUAUUUGGCCAUCCGGCCGGCAGGGCCAUCGCCGUCAGUUGACAAGGACGUACCGCCGGAGUCAGGCCGGGAAGCCCAGGAGCGUGUGGUCCGCGAAGUGUGGAAGCGCGUGACGGCCCUGGAUUACACACGACCGGGUGUGUGA